GCGAAUCCUGUCAAAUCUCCGGAUAUCUGAGAGGGAAGAGGCUUACAAGAGUAGAGGAGUUGGGUAAUGAUCUAUGCUCAGUGUCUGGAACCGAUGGCAUUUUGGCACCUUAUUUUUAUUUUUUUUCGGGACCCGUCAAUCCUAGACAUGACAUAAUUUUUUUCCCAUCUUAAUCGACUUUUGUUUUGACAAUGAAAACAGACCUUCAUGCUUCACCAUGCCCAUGUUUUAAAAAUUAAAUUUAAGCAAUUAGAAAAUGUUUACACUGGAAAACAAUUGGCACCCUCAUUUUUCUUCCAUUUUAUUAAUAUUUUGUGUUCAAAUAUUCUCGUAAUUAUUAUAAAUUAUUUUGUAAUACCAAUAGAAUUAUCUGUUAAUAUACUUUAUUUUAUUUUUGUGAUACACGCAUUUUGUAAAUUAUUUAUUGAAGUGACCGUGAUAACGUAA